UGCACUUUUAAGCGAGCACAAAGGUAAAGCCAAGCACCCUCAGUUACUACAAUAGUCGUAAGAACUCUCCACACUCCCCUGCUUCUUCAAUGAAUCGUAUUUUUUCGCCACCGCAACACACUCGUUAUCAUGGGCAAAGUAACCGUUGAUUUAUUUUUUCUUGACUGACUCUUUGAUCUUGUAAUUCAAUUUAUCUCAUAUACUCCUUUCAAUGUUCCUUACUCGUUGAAAUAAAUAAAUUCUGAUCCACACGUGCACACAACAUAUCGCUAUUAUUUGUUGCUGUAUUGUAUUGUUGUGGGUAUUAUGCCCUUGUCAUCGUGAUAAUCCCUGCAUGCGACCGCCUCUUAGCAUUUAAUCGUUCUGGCAGUUCGUUACAAAGACUUUUAUAGCAUCGAUAAGAUAAGUUAAACUUAAGAACACUUGCGGACAUGCCUCACUUUGCUCAACAGUUACUCUAACUGCAAUACAUUUUAUUGACAGUCUUUCGGAAGAAACGAGUGUAUAAUUGCUGACGUUGGAAAUUUGAAAUAGUUCCUAACGCUGUCGAAAGAGCUUCCUCUUUAUUCGAGCUUCGAUUUCACUGACAAAAAUUUACCGUGAAUGUGAGCUUCGUAUGAACCUUCACUAUUGCAUUUAAAAUUCAACUUCAGAAUGUUUUUUUUUAACUUCGUGACCUUAAAUGCUGCGGCUGUUGAUUGAUGACAUGAAUGAGAUUCCUCUUUCGUCAUGACUGCUGUCCCGAUUUAAAAUUACAGUUAAUUACAAACAUAAUCAAUAAUCAAGAGUUUAGUCAGUCGAUUCUUUGUGUAUAUCAGCGAAUUUUAACUUGUUACUUCAUCGUCGGUAAUCUUCAGUGUGCGAAAAGUACGACAGUUUCGGCAGUUUCAUGCCCGUACUCGUCAAUCUGCCUCUACAAUCGAUCGCACGAUUCGCAUCCUACGGCCACUUCCACAACGUCGGUCAGACCUCAAGCCACAUCGUCUUGCCACGAGUGACUCUCUGGUCACCAUAGUUUCAAAAAUUGCCUCACAGCCAACGUCGCAUCUCAGUGUCCUAAGGAGAGCCCCAAAUCCCAAACUGCCAUUCCGGCGCACUUCUUCACUCGGCAGCCACCAUCACACCUAACACUUUGUCUUUCACCGGCACCAUCGGGCUGCCAGCUUCAGCUGGGAGGAGGAGCAGGGGAGUUGUGGCGCCCUACUUCUCAACGCGAUAUGGAGGAAGUCCACAAAGUCUACCUGCCACUAUCAAGAGGAUGAGUGAAGUAGAACCGUGUCCGUCUUGUCAGACAUCUUGACCCUGUUGUGAUGAGGAGCGGAAUGCGGUUGAUCGGCAGCGACUCCAGACGAUUCCCAGUUCUCGCUUCUCCUCAAGAUGGCAUCCUCAUUCGAUUCCAGAGACCAAAAAUGCUGUUAAUUUAUGGGUUGACAGCUGUUCCUCUGCUGCUCCUAAGCGCCAAAGAAGCAGCAGCUAUAAUGGGCAGGAUCUUUUCCUGAACAACCACACAACGGUGACGCAAACCAUCAGCAACCCCGUGAGCUAUAGAAAGAACCAGGUUCGUCACCGUGGUAGAACGCAGACAUUACCUGCGCCUGUUUCUAUGCGCAAUUCUGCUUGUACGAUCGUUAAGCCUCCAUUACCUCCAAGAUUAUCGUCUGUCGGUUACACGUCUAGCUGCCCACCAUCCUGUUGUUCCGCUGCUGUAACGCAACCACCACGAUGUACAUGCGAGCCCGUUGAAUGCAAAGCAUGUCUUCUAAAUUGUCCCUCUUCUCCUUCGCCAACCGUACACUGCAGAAGAGAUAGCGCCUCUCUCAGUGCAUUAGAAUUUCGGCGCAAAUCUGACACGAGUGACCGCUGGAACAGCUUUCAAGAGGAUCCAGGAGCUCUUAGUGACACGUAUGUCUACUCUCAUCAAAACUCCUCCAAUGCCUCCAACGAAUCCUUUUACGCUUCAAAUUCACAGCGUCGAUACUAUGGUGCAAACACGCAUUUCACGCCCUAUAGACUUUCAAUGUCGUCUACAAACUUGGAGACACAUCUGGAGCCAGUGGAUGGAUCUCCAUGCAUGUCUCCGCAACUUCUGUCAUUAUCUCCUCCGUCUAACACUCCAUCACCACCUGGAUCACCCUCAGUGUGUGCAUUGUGCCACCCCACUGCUGGACGGUGUGAUGAGCACUGCAUCAACAGUCCCUUAUCCAACAUGACAUUGGGCUCAAACACACCUUUCUCCAAUACUCCGUGUUCAGACGCACAAUGCUCCACCACAUCAUCGUGUCUCUCGCCACAGUGCAUUGACGCCGGCGCUCGUCCGACCUACAAUCCUCAUAAUACUAUCCACCUCGUAGCUCCUGGAUAUCAAUUGUCAUCAUCGUGUCCACCAUCGUGUCCUGCAUCUUGUCCAGCGUCUUGUCCAGCGUCUUGCCCUACUUCUUGCCCUGCUUCGGCCAACGCUUCGUCAUGCGGUGAAAUACCUCCUUACAACGAUCAACAGCACAAAGCUCUCACCUCGCAUGGCUCCAUGGUUUUGGAGACAGAAGUUCAGAUCUCGGACGAUGAUCGCAUGUCGCUGACGACGGCGGUGAGCGAGGACGAGGAGGGCGAGAGCGCCGACGCUUCGCCCUACAAGGGAGCGCGUGGCGGGGGCGGCACCACGGCGGCCUCCUUCAACUGCACCGGCGCCGUCAGGAAGGCUGGGUUCCUGAGCGUGAAGAAAUGGCUGCUGCGGAAGAAGCACCAGAUUGAACUAGCACGCAAGAGAGGCUGGAAGGGCUACUGGGUGUGCCUGAAAGGCACGACACUCUUAUUCUACCCAUGCGACUCCAGAGAAGGACGUUCGGUCGAGGCGGCUCCCAAACAUCUCAUCAUCGUCGACGGAGCCAUCAUGCAACCUGUGCCUGAACAUCCCAAACGCGACUACAUCUUCUGCCUCUCCACGGCAUUUGGGGAUGCAUAUCUUUUCCAGGCGCCGUGUCAGGUUGAGCUGGAGAACUGGGUUAACAGCAUCCACAGCGCCUGCGCCGCGGCCUUCGCCAGGCACCGCGGCAAGACGGGCACGCUGCACCUCCUACAGGAGGAGAUAUUCCGCAUCGACCGCGCCAUCGAGUCGGACUCAAAGCUGAAGCACAUGGCAGAGCUGCAGCUGUCUGUGGUAUCAGACAUGGAGAGCAAACAGCAGAUCCUGGGGCAGAUCCAGCAGUGGGAGGAGAACUUGGAGCGACUCCACUGCGAGCAGUUCCGACUACGCUGCUACAUGGCCUCGCUCCAGAGCGGCGAACUGCCUAAUCCCAAGGGCCUGCUGAUGCACGUGUCCCGGAGCACAAAGGGCACGUUGACCAGCUAG